AUGAACGAUAAUUCUACUUCUCCCUGCUCGCUCAGCGCGCUGACGCUCCUUGCCACACUCGUUUCUGCCUCAAGCUCUCUCGAAGAUGUUUCUCAGCCCGAAAGGGCCCGUCGCGGUCUCCUUGAUUUCGAAAUCGACAUAGACCUCAACACCCGACUGAUCGCCGAGCUUGGAAUUGCCAUCACCGGAAACGUGCUGCCACUCACCUCUUCGGGCAUCACUCUCGAUGUCGGAUUUGGAAGAGGAGGACAUGGACUUGUGGAAAACGUCAAUGCGGGCAGGAGCUACGCCAUUACUAUCAAUAUCGAUGGUUCCGACUACGAUGUCAUUCUAGACACUGCCAGUUCCGAUCUGUGGCUAACCAAGCACGAUUUCGUGUGCGAAGAUGUGAAUGGUACGGUGAUCCCUGGUCCGCCUGGAUUCUCUGAAGGGAGCAUAGAUGAUCAGAUCUUCAACAUAGGCUAUGCCGAUGGAGAGUUUGCUUCUGGUGGAUACGGCUUCGGCACUGUCUCGUAUGGCGGAGUCACAGUACCCAAACAGCAAUAUGCUCUGGUCGAUACACUCCAUUGGUUCGGGGAUGGGUUCACAUCUGGUCUCAUUGGCUUUGGUUUCCCGAGCAUCACAGCAGGAGUCUAUAAAGACCCGAAAAGCCACAACCACACCUCUCCUAUGUAUAACCCCUGGAUAUUCUCAGCGAUCGAGAAUGGCGAUGUCGUUCCAGGACAGUUCACAAUCGGGCUCUACCGUCGCGGCAAAAACGACACAAACGGUUCUCCUGGCGGCUUCUUAUCUCUAGGAGGAACUCCGGCACCAGCCAAUCUUCCGUACACUGGCGUGUGGGCCUCGACUCCAAUCAUCCAGUCUCAAUUUCCACACUACAACAUUAGCCCAAGGUACUCCACCUACGACUUUCAAGUCGAUGGAUUCACGGUGAACGGUGAAUUCAUGCAGUGGGUAGCACCCAUUCAGAACGAUACCGGCCUCACAGCACCUUCGAAGUUGGACAUUGGAACUACCCUUACCUAUCUGCACUCGAAGGUCGUUGAUGCCAUUGCUCAGGCUUUCGAUCCUGUACCUGAUCGCUACCCGGAAGUGUUUAACCAGUAUUAUCCGUUUUGCAAUUCCACUGUCCCAGAGGUCUCCUUUCGCAUUGGCGGACAAGACUUUGCAGUCAACCCUCGCGAUGUCCUAAUCGGGGAUGCUGAGAGCAAUGUUUCCAACGGAUUCUGUACCUUGGGCUUCUGGAGUCGGCCUGCUGAGCAGGAGGCGGAUGGCUAUCUCCCCUCCGGACCGCUUUUCGGCGCCAAUUUCAUGAGGAACGUCGUGGCGGUGCAUGACGUUGAGCGCUACCAACUCACUUUUGGGGGGGUUCACUGGGAUUGA